UACUUCUCAAGAUGGUGGAUUGAAAAUAGAGAAAUACUUUUUUCUGGGACAUUCGAUUGAAUUUUGAUGGAUUAUGAAUGUUAACAAAUGUAGGUAACGAAUUUGCAGCGAUGGAAUCAAAUAAUACAACGAUCGCUCCUACUGAGAGUCCAGUGGUUCACUAUCAAAAGUACCUUGUGGGAUGUGGAUUGGCUAUAGGAGGAAACCUACUUAUAAGUUUGUCCUUAAAUGUUCAGAAAUACUCUCAUAUGAGAAAUGACCAAAGAAUAGACCCCAUUCACUACACUAAGGACCCGUUAUGGUGGUUUGGCCUGAUACUGAUGACAGUUGGUGAAGUGGGCAACUUUGCAGCUUAUGGCUUUGCCCCUGCUUCUCUUGUAGCCCCACUUGGGAUGACUACUGUUGUAGCAAACAUGUUCAUUGCAGUUAUCAUGCUGAAGGAAAAACUUAGACCUGAAGAUAUGUUUGGUUGUACCUUAGCCAUUCUUGGAGCUUUUCUUAUUGUGAACUUUUCUAAACGUACAGAAAUCAUCCUCUCUGGUCCAAAGAUAGUUGAAUUCUUAACACAGAUAGCAUUCAUAGUAUACAUGGUUGUUGAACUAAUAAUGUUGACAGGGCUACUAGUUUUGAAGUACAAGUACAAGAAAAACAAUGUUAUCCUUCUACUGCUAAUUACCUCUUUAUUAGCAUCACUUACCGUUAUAUCUGCCAAAGCUGUUUCUGGGAUGCUCCAGUUGACCUUUAGUGGUGUGAUGCAACUUCAGUAUGUCAUAUUUUGGGUCAUGAUUGUCAUCCUGGCUGUUACUGCAGUGGCACAACUAAAGUACCUGAACCAGGCUAUCAUGGCACAUGAUUCUACUGUGGUUGUCCCUACCAACUUUGUCUUCUUCACCAUCAGUGCAAUUAUAGCAGGUAUUAUAUUCUACAGAGAGCUGUGGGGAUUACAUGCCUUGAAUGUCUUCAUGUUUUUAUUUGGGUGCUUUUUAUGUUUCACUGGUGUAUACUUCAUCACAGCUGGCAAAGAGCCAACACCUCCUGUCUCUGAAGAUGAACAGCCACUCACAGAGAAGAAACUUGUGCAACAGAUACUUCCAACAUGGUGGUUUUCUGAUGUCAACCAGAUUGAAGUCCAGCCUAGAAGUUGCAGCGAACAGCAAUACAUGACACGGCCAAUCAUUCCACGUGAGGAGUCCAGUGGCACAGAGGACACAAGUUUUGAUGACACACCCAAUAUAAGUCAUGACCCACCCAAUGGGAAAGGUUCAAUAAAUUAUGGUACAACUACAGAAACUGCAAAAUGAAGCAAUCAGUGAGGUAUCAGUAUGAAUCAUGGCCUACAAAGUAUAAAAGGGCCAUAUUUUGAAGGCGCAGGUGCUUAUUCAAUCAGUUCAUCACUCAUUCAGAAUGAAAUGAGUACUAGAAUAUUGGUCCUUAUUGGACCACAGUUAGUUGCAAUAUGACAGAAUAAAGAGGAAAAUCAAAAUUUUCUGUAAAAAUAUUUGAAAAGGUGAUCUGAUGAAGAAUCUCUAAACAAUGAAUUUCUAUUCAUUGCAUUUGAAAUGCAAAAAUAUCACGUCUCUACUCAUUUAACAUUUUUGAAUUAUUAUUCAAAAAUAAAAAGGAUCAAUUAUUGAGAAUGUAAAGGUCAAUUUUAGAUGUAGGGAUUUUCUUAAAGAAAAUAAAGAUAUAUCUAAUCUCAUGCUCUCAACUAUAUAAUAUUUACAUACAAGUUAUACACUGGAAGGGAUUGGAUAUAGGAUAUAUCAUAAGGAAAAUACUGAUAUCAACUGUGGGAACCUUGGGAAGAUAUGAUCGGUAUUUUCUUCAGGGAUAUAUCCAAUAACUUUUCCAAUUGGGGUAUAACAAAUUAAUCCCAUAAUCACAAGUUGUAUGAAUAAUCAUUCUAUAUCCCUUCAUUUAUUAUACAUAAUAAUAACUGUGUUCAGAUUUACUAUACGUAUUAUAUACUAACAUGUACUGAAUAUAAAACAGUUAAUUUGUAACUACAGCAUAUGUUACGAUAGGCCAGGUUAGAAAAUAUCAGGAUGAUAUUUAAUAUUCCAGUAUUUGCCCCAGAGUUAAGAGAGGUUAAGAGAUAAUACAUACAUUUCUAAUGGGAUAAAUCCCUUAUCAAAACCCUCAUAUUUAUUUACCUUAUGUUUGUUGUAUUUGUGGUGCAUAUAUGUUUAUAAAACAAGUAUAUUAAUUGUGAUGUGACCCAUUUACAAUGGGUUUCCAAAUGCAGUAUUUCAAUUCCAGCAAUCGUUGCUUCCAAACAUUAACUUUGAAUAGCAUAAGCUUUUGAAAUUAUGUACAGAAAGUAAUGGGAAAUGAUUAUGUAACCCCAACGAAACCUGUCUGCAAAAUAAGUAAGAUGGGGUUAUGAGGUGCUUCUUUUGAUGAGUUCAGUUUUUUAAACUAGAUGAUGUUCUUAGUAGUUUUUCCACUAAAUACACUGUAGUUUAGUUAGGGCACAUGUACAUAUCACCUACGGUAUUUCAAAUAAAGGUUUAGAGGUUUUGGAAAAUAGUUAGCCAUGACACAGAUUGACAGCACAUAAAAAUAUUAUAAAAUUGAAAAAUCUUUGGAAUUGGAGCGGACUCUCUUUAACUCUACAUUUAAAUAUUCCCAAUCGUAUUUUUAUAUCUACCUCCAUUUAUUUCUUGAAUUAAAGCAUGUGUUCUAUGAUUUGCAGUGGAUAAUAUUCUCAGAAUAUCACCAUAUGGUAUUUUCUUAUAUUACUUUACAUACAAAACCCUAUAGUGGUAUAUGUUCCCAAUACUCUUUGUUAUGUGGCAUUCAUAUUUACACUGUAUUAUGUUUAUCAAUAUCUGUGAGUUCAUGUACACGUAAAUAUUAUUUUUAUUCCCUGUUAUCCAUGCACUCUCACAAUUUUACAUGCAAUACAUGUACAAUCAAAUAUAUUACUGAUGGCAUCAAUGCAUUCACAAUGUACAUGG